AUGGACGACUCUGAAGCUCUCCCGACCCCGACAGAUGUCGCGAUGGUCGACAUCGCUUCACCUGAGGUGGCUGCAAUGCCCCUUGAGCAACCUGUUCUUCUUGAACCCGGUGAGCUGCGCCUGAAUACGGACAACGAACAACGUGCUUCGGUACCUGACUCUCAGCCAACUAUGGAGACCACCGCUGACGCUGCUACUGCAGAUGAUGUGGUGACGGUUUCUGGAACCGAAGCUCCAAGCUCUCCGUCUCCGAAUCGUCGUCUGUCUUUCCGCAGUGCGGUGACUGGCGCCCAGGACCCAGACUCUAACGGUCGUGAUCUGCUUUGCACCCGAGUACACAAAGCUGACUCGAUCUCGGAUGGAGCGCAAAGUCAUAAUGUCGAACGUGUGGAGAACGAGGCUCAUUUUGUCAACAAAGAGAACGAAGCAAGAAUGCAAGAUGGUGCUCUUGAUAGUAUGCUCGAGAAGUUGAUGUUAGAGUGGCCAGAACUUCCAAUAAAUGCGAUGGAUAGAGUUGACGAGUUGAUACACGACAUUUCCGCCGUGAAAACGCCUCGACAGGAAUCAUCGCCUGCUUAUCAAUUCGCACAACAUCAGCCGAUCGAUGCAGCAUCCCAUUCGCCUGCUUAUCAAUUCGCGCCACCUCAACUGAUCCAUGCAGCAUCCCAUUCGCCUGCUUAUCAAUUGGCGCAACCUCAGCCGAUCCAUGCAGCAUCCCAUUUACCUGCUUAUCCGAUCGAUGCAGCAUCCCAUUCGCCUGCUUAUCAAUUCGCGCAACCUCAGCCGAUCCAUGCAGCAUCCCAUUUCAACCAUCCCGGAGACACGGUUGGUAGCAGUAUAAUUGCUGGACUUGAAGCUAGCUAUUACAAGAGCACGACUCCGUUAGACUGGUUAAGACGUGUAAAUUUCUACAGGAGUAUCGCUUUAAUGGAUAACAGUAUUGAGAAAUAUGAUAACACAAGGCUGCUAGCCUUUUUGGCGAGAAAAGUAAAACCACAAGGGGUUGUGAAUCUGUUUGGUAAUCUUGCAAACAUCCCAGAUUGCGUGAGCUUCGCCGAGGAUGUACAGCGAACCAUCGUAUUGGAUUCCACGUACAAGCAUUUAGUGUUUGGUCGAUGGAUUAUAGAUGGGUACCACCCAGAAAAGAUUCUCGACAUUUUUUUCGCGCACAAGCCUGUGGUCAUUAAAGUUACGGAUCAACUAUUUUUGGCGUGGCUUGAAUACUGCACGUUGUACUGGAAAGGUACAAACAGUAAAAGCCCAUUGCGCUACGCUGAAUUUCUGAAGGCACUACGCAAAUACUUGUCGGAAGAGAAUCUGAAUAAAAUGAUUUCAUCACGAGAGUUUAAGGAGGCUUUUUUGAAAGUUGACGGCGUGCAGGACGACUUAAAAAACAUACGGUGGACUCGGCUUUCAGAUUAUUCCUUAAGCAAAAAGGAUCGCCCAGAUCGUGUGUUCUCCAAAAUAAUCAGAUAUUCGCCUGAUUUAGAUGAUCCAGAAAACUCUUUGUGGUUGUGGAUGCUCAAUUACGUCGUUCAGUACAGGAAACAGUCUACAUUUACCAACAUCGAGCUUUUCAUAAUGUUGACUUCCGAACUCUCGUUUGAAUCGCUGAUGAAGUUGUUGAGAUCUCAAUGGAAAUACCCGCAGUUAAAAAAACUAGCAGACGAUAUGCUGAAGUCCAUGUUUUCUUCUAUAACCAUGCUUACGACUUUGGCGAAAUCUGGAGUCAAACCUGAGGAAUACUUUCACCACCUCGUCAGUGUUUAUAAUACGGUUGAUAUGUCUUCUGAGCCAGUUAUUGUGGAAAUUCCACAGCAAAAUGAAAGGUUUCACGUGGCUUUACAGUACCUCAAGUAUGCUCUGGUGGUUGAUUUAGAAAUAAACAAUAUGAAAUUUGACGACAGCAUCGAAACUUCAAUUGACUUUUUGAGUGGAAAGAUGCAUGAUUUGUCGGAUCAGCGUUCGAGAGAUUUUCUACGCUAUAAUAUGAAGCAAUUUAGGCAAAAUUCGAUAGAGACCGAACACGGGUUGCCACCUGUUUCAUAG